AUGACUUAUUUUGGCUGCUACCGGAAUGCCUUCAAUGGCAGUUUGCCAUUGGAGUUGGGAAUGUUGACCGACUGGGGAGAAAUGUUCUUUUAUGGGAAUGCCUUCACGGGAUCCAUACCAACUGAGCUUGGAAUGUUAACCAGCAUGAAAGGAAUUUACCUGUUUCAGAACGCAUUGACAGGCACUCUUCCAAGUGAGCUUGGUCUCCUGUCCAACAUGACCGAUCUUCAAGUUUCUGGAAACUCCCUCAGUGGGAGUGUCUCCACAGUGCUUGGGCUGUUGACUCAUGUGAAGAAGUUGUACCUUUUUGACAAUGCCUUUACGGGUUCUUUGCCAAGUGAGCUUGGUCUUGUGACAAGUUUGAGUCGGCUAGAGUUGGAUGCAAACUCUCUCAGUGGUCCCAUACCGUAUCAACUUGGGAUGCUCACAAGCUUGGCAUCACUAUACCUUUCGGAGAAUUCCUUCACAGGCUCUUUGCCAAGCACACUAGGCAAUCUGAUCAGCAUGGAAAGAAUGUACAUGGCUGGCAAUGCCUUCACAGGCUCUUUGCCCAGUGAGUUUGGACUGCUAGCCAACAUCAAAAUCCUGGACCUCUCUGAGAACUCUCUCCAUGGAUCACUACCAUCUACCGAAUUGGGAAGACUAGUCAAUAUAACCAGUUUGAACUUGUGGGGCAAUUCUCUGUCUGGUUCUCUGCCAACAGAAGCUGGAUUGCUGACACAGCUGACAGUUUUGAGUCUGAGAAGCAAUUCAUUGGAUGGACGGUUGCCCAGUGAAGUUGGAUUGCUGACACAACUGUCUGGUCUGUGGCUCAACGACUGUCCCUUCUCUGGUGCUAUUCCAAGUGAGCUUGGGUUGAUGGAAUCUUUGGAGAUACUGAACCUCAGCAACAACUCUUUUGCAGGGUUGGUCAUCUCUGAGUUGGGGCAGCUUGCAAAUCUACGGCAACUGGAUCUUUCAUCAAGUCCACCCUCCCUGAGAGGACCAGUUCCUUUUGAUUGCUUGCCCAGUGGUCUAGGCAGUCUGGAUAUCUCUGGCAGCCCUGGUUUGGUAGGCAGCAUCCCAGAAGAGCUUUGCUUCCUUCAAAAUUCUUCUUGUUUGCAUGACGUGUUCUAUGCUUCUGCUUUGCCUUGCUCCCUUGACUUUGAUUGUUCCAACUUGCUUUGCGGAUGUCUUUGUGCAUGUUGA